AUGUGGCCCGGAACCAAAGGGGAGGCUGCUUCCACCAGCCUGGAGUCCCAAGUCCUCUCUGGUACGGAUCGAGAUGAUGCGAACCUAGCACAAAUCGGAAAAAAGGCAGUUCUGAAGCGCAACUUUGGUCUUCUCUCCAUCCUGGGAUUCAGUUGCACGAUCAUCGCUACCUGGGAGGGUUUACUUGACACAUUUAUCAUCCCUCUAAAAAAUGGAGGACCUGCGGGCGCAAUCUACGCGUACAUUGUCGCCUGGAUCGGAACUGGUUGUAGUUUUGUCGUGCUGUCGGAGCUGUCGUCGAUGGCACCUACCUCGGGCGGCUGGGUGACUCUGAUCGGGUGGCAGGCAGCAUUUGCAUCCGUUUCGUAUCUCGCUGGUACUGAGGUACAGGGCGCCGUAAUCUUCGCCCACUCUCACUACAACCCAAAACCAUGGCACGGCACCUUUCUUCUCUGGGCAGUGGUCUUGGUCGCCGUGGGGGUCAAUGUGGUCGGGGGAAAAUUCUUUCCUCGUCUCGAAACUCUGAUCCUGUUCCUCCAUCUCGGGGGGUUUCUCGCCAUUGUGGUCGCGUUGACUUCGAAAGCCGACCAUAAAUCAGCACGAGAAGUCUUCACGGACUUUCGGAAUGGUGGCCAUCUGCCUACUGAUGGGAUCUCUUUCUUCGUCGGGAUGAUAGGUUGUGUUUUUGCGUUUGCUGGAGGCGAUGCUGCAGUCCAUGUAGGCCCAACCCAUGAUACAUUCCUACAAUACCAUACCCCGCAGAUUAGCGGAACUAGAUGGGCUGACUCCAGUCAGAUGGCUGAAGAGUGCAACAAUGCCGCGGUGGCCAUUCCACGGGCCAUUAUCCUCAGUGUCGCGAUCAACGGAACGCUUGGCUUCAGUAUCCUGGUCGCCGUUCUCUUUUGCAUGGGUGACGUACAAGAGGCCUUGGACUCUCCGACAGGCUACCCAUACUUUGAAAUCUUCCACCAGGCUAUGGGGACAACCUCUGGUGGACUGGGACUCAGCGCAGUGCUGGUGUCCUCAUAUACCCACCUCCCCAUCUACUCCAUCCUCGUCACCAUGACCAUCGCGUGUCUACUGGGCCUCAUCAACAUCGGAUCCAGUGUCGCUCUGAAUGGUGUCCUCUCCAUGGCCGUGUCGGGCUUGUAUCUUUCCUACCUAAUUGUGGCUGCGAUGCUCCUCUAUCGACGAUGUACCGGCGCCGUUGCCGACCUCGGCGAGACAGAUGGCAUGCAGAAAAAUGUGCCGGGCGCAAAGCUCGUUUGGGGGCCCUUCCACGUCCCGGGGGCCUGGGGAAUCAUUGUGAAUGGAUACGCGGUGAUCCAUAUGACCAUCGUAGUUUUCUUCAGUUUCUGGCCGACGGAAAUCCCCGUCCAUGCGUCCAAUAUGAACUUCAGCGUGGUGGGCACCAUGGGAACGAUUCUACUGGCCGUGGCCUAUUACGUGCUGCGGGCUCACAGGUUUUACCACGGACCGGUGAUUGAGAUUACAGCCCAGUGA